AAUGAGAAUUAAGCUAAUAAAAUUACUAAAGUUUUUAUUUCUAUUGAGUUCAUUGUCAAUUCUCAAUUCGACUGCAGUCUAUAAAUCUUGUCUACAUGCUCUUCAAAAUAAUAACUUUAUAUCUAAUACUUAUAAUAUUCAAUCUAGGAUUGGUGGAGCUAUAUCUGAAAUUGAAUGCGAGGCUAUUAAAGAUGUUGGCAUUGUAACUGUUUUAGAUAAUAAUAAAGAAAAUUUAACUACUUUAGCAAGAACCCAAGCAAAAUAUUUCAUUAUUGUGGAUAUUCAAUAUGAAAAUUUUGAUGAUACAGAUGUAACUGAACUUUUGAAAACUAUUGGUGUUUGUCAACAAACUAUGCAUUUUAUUAAUGCGAAAGCUGCUAAUUUCCAUAAUAGAUUCCUACUUUGGGAUGGAAGUUAUACUAGUUUCAUAGCUAAUGAUGGAAUAUGUAAUUGUCUGAUAUCUGAAAUAUGUGAACAAACUAAUGAUCCUCAACAAUUUUGCGCACCUAAUAUACAAACAGUGGGCAAUCCUGUAUUUAGUUAUAAUGGAAAGAUUGCUGUUUUACCACAAAGAUUACCAUUAAAAAGAAUUGAAGCUGGCGAUACAAAUGAUGGAGUUAAUAGAUUUUCUAUUGGAAAAUAAAAAUGUGAACUGAAAUUGUUGAAUAGUUUCAAAAUUAUCCUUGAUAACAAGUGUAAAAAUAGAGAGGGUAUUUUAACUGAUGGAAAUUUACAAACAUGUAUCAUUUUUAAGGAAAAGGAAUUUGGAUUUAAAUUAAAAGUUCAAGGUGACUUUUAUCUUAUGAACAUUUCAAAUAGUAACUCAAUAAUGGAUAAUAUUCUUGUUCAAUCAUUAAGUCCUUUACAAACUGAUCGUGGAAUUAAUGGGAAUUGUUCAAGGCAAGUAAAUCUGUUCAAAUGCCCAGUUUCAACUAUUGGAGAAUAUAUUGUCUAUUUUGACAAUAUGACUCGAGAAACUGAAAUCUGUGAAGUAACAUUGCAUUGAUAAACGCACUUAUGGUCAUUUUAGUCCUCUCCAUCUUCAAUUCUUUAAUUCAAACAAAUAAUUGUAAUUGAUAAAGCAGAAUACAAAUUAAGACCUAUGUUGUGAAGAAUCCACCAGACACAAUAAUAUUUACCUAGACAAGGAAAAUGACCUUCACCUUAGAAGUCAUCAUUAGUGUAUGUUCACAUACA